CUGCACUACGGGACCCUCCUGGGCAGCAGAGCUUGUGCCCACAUGGCAGGAGCUGCCUGGGCCAGUGCCUUUCUGAAUGCCCUGCUGCUCACAGCCAAUACAUUUUCCUUGCCCCUGUGCCAUGGCAAUGCCCUGGGCCAGUUCUUCUGUGAAAUCCCACAGAUCCUCAAGCUCUCCUGCUCACACUCCAAACUCAGGGAACUUGGGCUCAUUGUGGUUGGUGCCUGUAUAACUAUUGGCUGUUUUGUGUUCAUUAUUUUCUCCUAUGUGCAGAUCUUCAGGGCUGUGCUGAGGAUCCCCUCUGAGAAGGGACAGCACAAAGCCUUUUCCACCUGUCUCCCUCACCUGGCCGUGGUCUCCCUCUUUGUCAGCACUGCAGCCUUCGCCUACCUGAAGCCCCCCUCCAUCUCCUCCCCAUCCCUUGAUCUGGCAGUUUCAGUUCUGUACUCUGUAGUUCCCCCAUUUUUGGAAUGGAACUCGUGA